CUGUGGAAGUGUUGAGGUUGUGCUAUUUAGGUUGUGGCUUUGUUUUCUUUUGUUUCAGUCGACAAGAAACUUUCGUGUUCUAAAGUUUAAUUAUAGCUUUAUCAUAUCAUGCAGUCUCAAAAAACAAAAACACCACGCAAACGGUUCGCCAAUUUCACCGCCUUCGAAAAAGGUUUAUUGACACAAUUGAUUAAAAGGAGACCAAUUGUGGAAUCAAAAAAAACAGAUGGCAAGACUGUCACCGAGAAACAAGUAGCAUGGAGUUUAAUUACGAAGGAGUUUAAUUGUAAUGCCAAUGUACAGAAGCGUGAAACUAUGACUUUAAAAAAGGCGUGGGAUUAUAUGAAAACUGUCACACGUACGUACUCUGUUAUACGUAAACCCCAUACAGUUGGAGAGAAACAUAAUAUAAAAAGUGAAAGUGAUGGUGCUAUUUCAUUGGAGUUGAUAGGAAAUAAAGAAAAAUCCAAUAUCUGUGCUUCUACAUCACAUGAUAACUUAGAUGCAGCUGUAAUCAAAACCACAGAGGAACAUUUAGAAAAUAAGACAAAUAUGGAAAUGCAAAUAUUAAAAACCCAGUUGGAAGUUGAACAGAUCAAAAAAAGAGCAGUAUUGCUAGAAGAAGAGAGGAACAAAUAUUUAUUAGAAAAAGCGAAAAUAGAAUUAGAAAAAAUAAAGAAAAACAAGUACUAACUGAUUAAUCUCUAUUUAUUGAUUGAAAUAAAAGUAUAAAUAUUUAUUUA